AUGGGAAAUUCCGCGUCAAACAAGCAAGUCCAUGGCACUGGAAAAGUCGUACUGUCGGAUGGGUCGGUGCAGGAGUUCGAUAAGCAUGAUCUAACAGUUGCUGAGCUGAUGCUAGAGUAUCCACAACAAGUAGUGGUCGAAUUUCGAGCAGCUGUCUCAGGAAAAAGACCAUCUCCAUUGCCUGCAGAUACGAAGCUCGACACGAAAAAGGUUUACUUAAUGCUUCCAAUGAAGCGAGGAAAGCCAUUGUCAUUGUCAUCCGAAGAUAUUCGCGGCGUACUUUCAAGUGCAAAUUCACUUUUAAGGUCAAGGUCAUCGUCACUCAAGUUCUUGCCUCUGUUUGCAAGGAUAUGCCCUGCAGGAGAUGCACAUGCUUUUGUGUUUCCAAAGAAGGAAUAUAGCAUGGAGAGGACGUCAGACUCGGAGGUGGUGAGGCCCUAUGUGCCGGAGUUUGACUUGGAGGAAAGCUUGGAUGCGAGGCCAGAAUUUUUGACUAGGCAGCUUUCCGGCAAGGCUACUUGGAAGCCUAAUUUGGAUACCAUUAAGGAGAAGAAGGUUGAGAAGAAGUUGUCUCAUUGGCGCCUUACGUUCAAGUGGUAG